AUGGAGCUGCGAGCGUGGGCACGACGGCUGUUCUUGUCCUCCGACGCUGGGCUCUUUGUUCAAAGACGUCCAGAAGAAGGAGCUUGUGAUGUGAUGCUGGACGGCGUAACUCACCGCGUCCCGUACGCGGCCUUGCAACGUGUGCAGGGCCUCCCUGCAUUGGCUGCAGCGGGACUGAGGAAACCGACAUUGCAGUGGCAGCUGCUCCGGUGGAAGCUACCGGCCCGCAUCGUGGAUCAAGUGGGUGCAUUUACGGAGUGUGGAGAAGCAGCGCAUCAGCGUCUCACUGCAGCGAUGACACAAGGCUACAUGGCUCGGAAAUGCAGUGGCGGGGAAAUGUCAGCGAGCGAUAUGAUCAAGGAGUUCCAUCGACGAUGGCACACCUACGACAGCGACCGCCCUGUUAGUUGCUGUCUUCCUCAGGUCGGCACCGGGCGCAACUACAUUUACGGGGCCCGGACAGAGGCGCGGGGAGCGCCGCGUGUCCCGUCACUUUUUCCGGUCUUCGAUACCGAGGACCCUUAUCUGGUCAUCCUGGAUAUGGACGCAUCCUGUAAUCUCUCCCUUUCCAAGGACACGGAGCCGAGCCGCCAUUGA